UAUGCAAGCCACUAUUUCCUGGGGAAAUUCCAUGCUAAGAAAGCAAAAUAUAAUUAAUGGGGAUCAGUACAAGAUAUAUUUUUUACUUCCAGAAUCAAAGAAGGGAUCGUCAAUUUUUGAUUCGAAAGAGACCCUUUCCGGUAAAUCAAACAGGAAAAGUUUCAUUAUAAGAGCAAGGAAUUCCUUAUGAAACUAGCGCAUUUCCAAAACAUUGUUUAUUAUUAAUGCAGCACGAUGGCGCCAAGUAGAUGUCGACUGCAACCUGGCAUGAGCAUAAUUCUCCAGGUCGUUGAGUGCGGCGGAUUGGCUUCCGCCGAGCACAACCCCGGUGUCUUGGGCUGCAAGCCUCAACUCCACCUGCAAAACAAGCUCCUUCGUGUGUUCACCAAGGCUGACAUGGACAGCGACACUGGCGGAGCAGAAAUCCAAGCAGCUGUAUUUGGAGGCUAUGCGAGCUUGUUUCGGCCAAGUGAAACCAGCACCAGAGUGGCGCAUGCGCAGAACACCGGGCUGCCAGGACCGUUCGCGGUCUUCUUCUCGUCCCGAUUCGCACUUCGGCCUUCGGCACUCUGUGUCACGGGCUGUCACGGUUGCUGUGCCAUAGUAGUACCUAACUCUACAAGUGCCAACUCUGCCAGCGGCGCCAGUGCUGCCACCUUUACUUGAAGUGUUCAGCUGUGGAGCUAGUAAUGCGGUCGUCCCCGCCGUCGUGAACGGAAGCAUCAACACGAACUUCCUUCGCCGCUCGACAACUUCACGGCAUGUGGAGAUGCGGAU